GUGGAAACCCAACAAAGCGAAGCGGCUUCGGUCACGACAGCUCCAAGUAAAUGAAAGUAGUCGUUCAACUAACUGAAAAUAGCAGGCAGUUUCYUUUUUUAUAGSCUAGAAACACAACGAAACUCAACGGAUAUACAAUCAUGCUUUGGAUUUACAUCAUGGGAGCGUUUCUCAACGUAUUGCCUUUGUGUAUUUAUUGUCGGAAAAACAACUGGCAAAAAYUAUGUAACAUUAAGUAUUUUAUUGUUACACAAGCCUUGUUUUCUCUCGUCGUUAUUGCAUUUUAUUUAGCUAUUGAAUUUGUUGAUUUUUUACCUAAAAGUUACUGUUUUGUACUUCCCACGAUCUUGAUGUUCAACUUGUCAUUAUCCUGGUUUAACCUCGCUGUUUUGGUGAUMGUACUGUAUGCUCAAGUGACAUCCACAUGGAGUCUUCGCUUCACGACGGCCUUACUGAUAAUUCUUACAGAAUUAGCCGUGUGUGUAUCAGUAGAAUUUCCAAUUUUAUACUCUGCAACAAAGGGAUCGCCUAUAUUCUUUUACGACCGUACUGUUUGUCCAAGUUGUUGUCCUCAAACGACCAAGGAACAAGUGCCAUUGGAUAUGAAGAUUAAUGUUUUCUCAUAUAGCUUCUGGUACAUCUUCAUACAUUUCGGAAUCGUUGGUACCCUMAUCAUCAACCGAUAUAUCGCAAUAUCGAUGCAUUUAUGUUUUAAAGAAGCAGACRACGAGCAAAAACCACGWCAAAGUUGCUACAUUAUUAUACAGCAUGUGUUUAAUGGUCUGUGCAUCAUUCUUGUCAGUAUCUUCUUCAUGCUAUUGUCAACUCGCUUAGAGAACAACGAAAARAAUUUGAAGUUGUUAAACUCGAUUUUACACUCAAUGAGAUCGGUUUCCAUCGCACUCUUCUGCAUUCCCUCUCACUACCUGUUUUUUAAAAUGGCUAUUGCUGAACGACCCCUCUACGUUCUCGAUCUGGAUGAGAAGAAAGGAKUGUCAACCAACAAAGAUGACGACAUGAUAAUCGCCUAAACCUACCACUGCCUCGAGCAUUCACUCGAUAAAAAGUGGUUGAGCAAAUAGCCUGGCAUUUCAAACCAAGCACUGUACAAAACAAGUUGCAGAAUACGACUUUUAACUUGAAAAAUAGACUAAAAAAGACACUAAUUGAGUUAUUUACAACUGAGAAUAGCGGUUCUAACUAAACAUAGUAAACACUUGAAUUAUCAUUGAUUAGUAUUAUUUAGCAGUUCUUAUACUGCUCUGUAAUUAUAAUGAAAAAAACUUUUAUAUUAAAGUGCAAAUAUAUGUUAUAUAAAUCUAUAGUAAAAUUAAGGUGCAAUUAAGAACGAUCGAAUGCUCGGCCGAUAUAGUUCCUGGAUCUCCAAAAAAAAAAAUGUGGA